AUAGCAGAAGCUGAUUUAUAGAGUUCAUGAAGGGUCAUGCAAAUCAAAUCUAAAAGUACAUUCUGUUUAAAUGCAAAAUAUUAUUUACGAAUAGGGUACACAAUUUAUCAUUAUUUCUUAUUACGUUGUAUAAUGUAUACUGAAUUAUAAUGUUGUCACAUUUAACAUCAGACUCUGCUUGGCCUGUAAGGGCCCAUGUUUAGAAUACUGCUAAGGGACCAUUUUGAAUAUUUCUCUUUUACUUGGCUUGUUUUCCCUCAUUUUACAGCAUGUCCAAAAAAAUAUAUCAAAGGAAUGGGUGUCAUGCUUCAAUAUCUAAUCACUGCUGGAGCAUUAUUUUCAGGUACAUAUGAGUCCUUAGUGUGGCAUAAUGAACAUAUUCACAUCAUAAGGAUCUAUUAUUUAUCAUUUAUGGCCUUUACAUUCAUCAUCAGUGGACAGGUUGCAGAAAUGACAAAUGUCAGAAAUCAGGGGGGAUAUGUUGUCUAAGUAUCUGAAUAAGUAUCUGACUCAGCUGGAAGAAUCUAACAUUAACAUUUAAUAUAUGGCAUCACAUUAAAGUGGAAACUAACACAAACAUAAACACAGGCAAUAUAAGAGAUACAGCAAUAGCUAAAAGAGCUAUACAAACAUAAAUACAGCACAGUUCAGUGUCUAAUGAAUAACUUGUGCCCUUUUCUGUCCCUCAGGUGUUUUCGCAGACCUUUCAGUCUUCGGCAUAAACACAUAUUUUUUUGGGUACGCUGUUGGGAUGAACUUAUUCUUCAAUUUUUGGGAAAUUAUCUUUGAUGGUAUUAAGGAUUUGGAAUAUUGGUGCUUUACAUAUGUGGACAUAAUCAACUGGAUCCUGCUAUGGCUGCUUGUUGUUGGAUAUUCAACCUUCAAUUUAAGUAUGUCUAUCACCACAUUAACUGUUACUCUUGGGGUGGAUGUCCUCUUUCAUUUUCAACAUUUCCAUAAGAAGUGGUAUGCAAUGUGGACAAUCCUAUUAGUUCUCCUUUUCCCUACAUGCAUCAGUACAUUUUUCUAUUACCUUUAUUGGAUGUUGGCCAAUAAACCAGAGGGUCCUGGAUUGAUGUGUGGCUGUGCACUGCUCUACAGUCUCACUGCUGUUUCAGGGUUUGACCAUCCCCAGACAACAGCAGAUAUCCCCAUUCCUCACAUUGUUGUUUACAUAUUUGGAGCCGCUGCCCUUCCAGUAAUCAAUGCAGCUGCACUGACAACAGAAUUAAUCACGCAAUUGGUGACAGGUGCACGGAUGUUCAGUGAUCUGCAGGUUAUUGUCCUGCCAUGUGAAUGUGUCUUUGUUUGUGGGUGGCUUGCCUUGCAGCCAUAUCACUACUGGAAAAGGACAGGUGCAAUAAUACAGGAACAGCUCAGAGGGAUAGCCACAACACUCAGUUGUAAACACCAGAGGUCACAGGAACCCUGAGGGAUCACAUGUUUGGAGCCAAUUACAUGUAUACAGUAAAUAACAAUAGAUAUCAAAAUGGCAAAAUAACAUCAUCAAAAAGUUUGUAAAUAUUCUUUGUGAUAAGGUAUGAUUCCUGUUUUUUGUACAUUUUGAGAUGUUAUGAAUGUUUUUAUCACUGCAAAUUCCUAUAUACCCUUCAUACAUAAAUACUGUACAUACAUACAGUACAUACCUACACAUUGCUUACUAAUCUUGGCAUUGACAUGAAUGCAUGGAAUCAAAGCUCUCUGUUAAUUUCUGAAAUAAAUGACCAAUGAAAAUAUGAA